UACUGGCUGCUUAUUGCCGUGAGUUUUCUGUUUUCCCUCCUAACACUUUCUCCUGACAACCGAACUGAAAACCAGAGAGAGAGAGUGGAAGAAAGUGAGGGAGGAAGAGGGAGAAAGGGAGGGGAAGUGGAAUAAAAUUGUAAUCCUAAUGUGUAAUAUCGAUAGAGUAGGGAGUUAGUCAAUUGAAGCGAUAAAGAGUCUGAAAGUAGAGAGAUAGAACGAAGAAACGGAGAAAAUGAAGCACAUUUUCAAGAAGCUACACAUAGGGAGCAGUCACGACCAUAAUCGGACAAAUGAGACACCACCUUCUCCUUCGUGUGGUCCCGAUAAUCAGCGUGCAGGCUCCAGCAACACUUCGGCGAGUCCACCAUCAUCGUCUCCGGGGAGGGCGACAGUGGCGACAGGAAGAGGAAGUGGCCCUCCGCCGAUACCGCCGACUGCUGCGAUGAAUCGUGGGGAUUUCAUAUCGUCGGAGGAAGAGUAUCAGAUGCAGCUUGCCCUAGCGCUCAGUGCGUCGUCAGAGGCUAGGGAGGAUCCGGAGAACGAUCAGAUCCGUGCGGCGACGCUAUUGAGUUUGGGGAGCCAUCAUCGGAUGGAUUCUGGAAGGAAUAGAAAGGAGGCAGCUGCAGAGGCGUUAUCGAGGCAGUAUUGGGAAUUUGGCGUGCUUGACUAUGAGGAGAAGGUGGUUGAUGGUUUCUCUGAUGUAUAUGGACUAUCUGCAGAUUCAAAAGCCCAACGUAAAAUGCCAUCUGUAACCGAUCUUGAAACUAACUGUGGCAGUUCGGGAUUUGAGGCUGUAGUAGUUAAUCGAACAAUUGAUACGGGUCUGGAAGAAUUAGUUCAAGUUGCACAAUGCAUUGCACUAGACUGCCCUCCUACAAAUGUUGGUAUUUUAGUUCAGAGGCUUGCUGAACUCGUUACUGGGCACAUGGGUGGGCCGGUAAAGGAUGCCAAUAUAAUGUUAGCCAGGUGGAUGGAGAAAAGCACAGAGUUGAAGACAUCCCUCCACACCAGUGUGUUUCCUAUUGGAUCCAUAAAAAUAGGCUUGUCACGGCACCGUGCUUUGCUUUUCAAGGUAUUGGCUGACAAUAUAAGCUUCCCUUGUAGGCUGGUAAAAGGUAGUCAUUACACUGGCAGCGAGGAUGAUGCCGUAAAUAUAAUAAAGCUUGAGGAUGAAAGAGAGUUUUUGAUUGAUCUUAUGGCAGCUCCGGGGACACUUAUACCUGCUGAUGUUCCAAGUUUGAGGGAUACUGCCCUUAAGGCAGAUAAUUCAAACUCGGCUAAGGUCCAAGCACUAAAUUCCUCUGAUGACCUUGAUUCCUCAAGGCCAAGGCCAGUACAUGGAGAAGGCAGCAGUCAGAACUUUGCAAUGGAUAGUUAUUCUCGCAUGGAUAGAGGUUCGAAUGCUGAAAUAGCAGGUUCCAGGCUUUCACACCCUGGUUCAGUUGUUGAUGCUGGUGUUGGUUCUUCUGGAACAGCUAGCAGAGUGAAUGAGGCUACUGCAUCAUCAGGAACUGGAAACCCUCUCUACAAAGGGACUAGAGGAACCAAUGUAACUGGUGAUGGUUCGAGGAUGAAUGUUAAUGUUGUUCCAUAUGGCCAAAAUAGUCAGGAAGAAUCUAAAAACCUUUUUGCAGAUCUUAAUCCAUUUCAGGUAAAGGGAACUGGCAAAAUAUCCAUUCCCAACAAAAUUGGGGAGAGUAAAGUCGAUGACUUUCAAAUGCAGAGAAAUAACUUUGUUUCUGGUCAACCUCCUGUACCAAUGAUGUGGAAAAAUUAUACUUGUAAUGAGGUGCCUAAAAAGAAGGAAUCUAAUUAUAUGGAGGGUCUCUUUCCAAAACUGAAUCGUGAACCUAAUAAAAAUAAUAUCCUGCCAUCAGUUUCUACAAAGAUCAAUCCAUCUGAAGAGGUCUAUCGACAUGGUUUCAAGACAUCUGGCAAUUCAAAUCCCUCCUGCAAGGAUAAUGACGCCAGGAUGUCACUUGGUGGUGUUGGUACACUGUUGGCUUCUAGUACAAAUAACUCCAGCAACGUACCUUCGACUGAGGAUGCAAGCACUAAGUUUAAAAAAGAAAAUUCAAAGGAUGGGCAAGAUUUGCAAAAUAAUGCAAUAAACACAGUAAACGAACAUGAAAACAGUGAAGUAGGUUUUCAUGAUUACAAAAAGUCCCUCCAUGACAGAUUUAUGGGAACCGGUCUGAAAUUGAAGGAUCCAGAAAGUCCCAGCUCAUCAAUUGAUUCUAGCACAAGCAGGGUUGAUAAUCAAAUCUUUGACGAUGUAGAUGUAGGUGAAAGUGAAAUUCCAUGGGAAGACCUGGUUCUUGGCGAAAGAAUUGGACUAGGUUCAUAUGGGGAGGUCUAUCGAGCUGAUUGGAAUGGCACGGUUUGUGAUUUUGGGUUAUCACGCUUGAAGCAUAACACAUUUUUGUCAUCCAAAUCAACUGCUGGAACACCUGAGUGGAUGGCACCAGAAGUUCUCCGCAACGAACCUUCAAAUGAAAAAUGUGAUGUUUAUAGUUUCGGUGUAAUCCUUUGGGAGCUCGCAACUUUGAGAUUGCCUUGGAGUGGCAUGAAUCCCAUGCAAGUAGUGGGUGCAGUUGGUUUUCAGAAUCGCCGCCUUGAAAUCCCUAAGGAAGUUGAUCCCCUGGUUGCAAGGAUAAUGUGGGAAUGCUGGCAAACGGAUCCCAACUUACGCCCAUCAUUUGCACAACUCACAGUAGCCCUGAAGCCUUUACAGAGACUCGUAAUCCCUUCGACCAUGGACCAGCCAAGCUCACCUCUGCCGCAGGAGAUAUCAGUGAAUUUGACACCUUGAAAUCUGUUUUCAGUUUAGCAAUUGUGAAUAAGAGGGAUGUUUUGUUUUGGCAUUUUUGGUAACUAAAUAUAGAAGCUCCAAAAGGGCUGGAUGGAAGGCAAGGAAUUUGGUAUGUGGAUCUGCGGUAAGUGCAAUCUGAAAGUAUUUGUCUCGUUAGGAACAGAAGACAAAAAAAAAAAUUAGCAGCAGUGCUUUUUUUGUAUAGUUUGGAUGGGUGUCAAUAGGUUUUUCUCCAAACCUCAAAACAAUGUCUAUACAUACGUGCUCCGUGAAACCCAAAACAGAAUUGCCUUUUUACAAAAUGAACAAGUACAGGUUUUUCUCA